AUGGGCACGGUGCUGUCUCUUUCCCCUGCCUCUUCGGCCAAGGGCCGGAGGCCCGGCGGGCUACCCGAGGAGAAGAAGAAGGCGCCGCCCGCGGGGGACGAGGCGCUGGGGGGCUACGGGGCUCCGCCGGUAGGCAAGGGCGGCAAAGGCGAGAGCCGGCUCAAACGGCCAUCCGUGCUCAUCUCGGCGCUCACCUGGAAGCGCCUGGUAGCUGCGUCUGCCAAGAAGAAGAAAGGCAGCAAGAAGGUGACGCCCAAGCCAGCGUCCACUGGCCCCGACCCUCUGGUCCAACAACGCAACCGCGAGAACCUUCUCCGCAAGGGCCGGGAUCCCCCCGACGGCGGCGGCGCCACCAAGCCCCUGGCCGUGCCCGUGCCCACAGUGCCCGCAGCCGCCGCCACCUGCGAGCCGCCGUCGGGGGGCAGCGCGGCCGCCCCGCCGCCGGGCUCGGGAGGGGGAAAGCCGCCGCCGCCGCCCCCAGCCCCUCAGGCGGCGCCGCCAGUGCCUGGCGGCUCGCCGCGGCGGGUCAUCGUGCAGGCGUCCACAGGCGAGCUGCUGCGCUGCCUGGGCGACUUCGUGUGCCGGCGCUGCUACCGCCUCAAGGAGCUGAGCCCGGGCGAGCUGGUGGGCUGGUUCCGCGGAGUGGACCGCUCGCUCCUGCUGCAGGGCUGGCAAGACCAGGCCUUCAUUACGCCUGCCAACCUGGUGUUCGUGUACCUGCUGUGCCGCGAGUCGCUGCGCGGGGAUGAGCUGGCGUCGGCCGCCGAGCUGCAGGCCGCCUUCCUCACCUGCCUCUACCUCGCCUACUCCUACAUGGGCAACGAGAUCUCCUACCCGCUCAAGCCCUUCCUCGUGGAGCCCGACAAGGAGCGCUUCUGGCAACGCUGCCUGCGCCUCAUCCAGCGGCUCAGCCCGCAGAUGCUGCGGCUCAACGCCGAUCCCCACUUCUUCACGCAGGUCUUUCAAGACCUUAAGAAUGAGGGUGAGGCCGCCGCCGGCGCCGGGGGUCCAUCCAGUGGGGGCGCGCCCGCGGCCCCCGCCGCCUCCUCGGCCGCCAGGGACAGCUGCGCGACCGGAGCCAAGCACUGGACUAUGAACCUGGACCGCUAGGGAUACCCAAAGGCCAAGCCUGCCCCCCGCCCCAGCCCCUGACACACACUCGGAGCCCCCGGGACCAUCAAGCUGUCGCUGCUGUUACCGCUGCUCCGCGCCCCGGCCGGAGGAGGAGCCGCCCCUGCCCCGCAGGGGAAGGCGGAGGCCUGGAAGCCAGAAGCCCAGGCGCUGGAUUUGCUGGGCGUAGGGUGGGAGUGGGGGAUGACCGCGAGAAGGGGACCCCCUACCUCAACCUUUCUGUCUACGCCCCCAUCUCUCCAACUCUGCCCGGGUCUCCCCCUUCCCUUCUGUGUCUGUAAGUCCGUCUUCCUCGUCUUGUCCAUUUCCUCACUUCCUUCCUGUACCUUCCCCUUCCCACCUCUCUGCCUUUCCAGCUGCCGUUCCUUGGGUGGGUAUUUCCGUCUCCAUCUCACCCCCUACCUACCUUUCUUUGCCCCCGUUUCUCUUUCUGCCCCUGUGUCCCCGUCUCCCCUUCUUGUUCUCCUUUUCUUCGCUCUUGGCCUGUGUCACCACCUUCCUCCCCGUCUGCCUCCCCCACCCUGCCUCUGUCAGCUUGCAUUUAUUCCCCCGACUGAGCCCCCUACCCUUCUCCCCAGACCAAAAGGAACGUGAGCUCGUCAUUCGGACCGACGGAGGUGCGUGGGGGACUCCAUGCACCUCCAGGGGCUCAGACCACGGCCAGGAUGGUCGUUCGCCCCACCCCCACCGCCUCUCUGUACCUUUCCAACGUGUUGCAUGCCGGGAGCUGGGGGGACAGGGAUGCUGACUCCAGGAGGCUGACCUUCGGGCGCACACUCAACCCAGGAGUUCACCCCGGCGGCAACGGCACCUCAGCGAAAGGAUGGGAAGAGACAGAAACUCUUCUUGUUCACGGGGAGGGGUACCCCCGUUCUUAUCCUUAGGUGUUUUUGUUUUCCUCCCCCUUUUAAUUUAUU